CUCUCUCUCUCUCGCGGGAGAGAAAUGAGGUUAGGUGUCGCAGAGAAGAUUUUCGUCCAUUUAUUUUUUUCUUACGUCGGCGCGAUGGAGAGAUACUCACGCGAUCGCGGUACUCACAGGUCCAGGAAGGAGCGGGAGGAUGAUUACAGGAGUGAGGAACGAACGUCGCGGAGAGAUCGCGAUCGUGCAGAGCGAUCCGAAGGCUCGCGAUCUAGACGAGAACAGGGGAGAUUUAGGGAAAGGCAUAAAAACUCAAGGGACGAUAAUUCCCGCACGCGUCGUGACUUGUCUCGGAGAAAAUCUUCUAAGCGGAAGAACGAGGAACGAAAACGAAAGAGGGAAUCGUCCUCAUCGUCCACAUCCUCAUCUUCGUCCGACUCGACCAGUAAGUCCAGUGAUGACAUGUCUACGGAUUCAUCCUCGGAUUCUACAAAGUUGUUGGAAAAAUUACAAAAGCAACGACAGAAACAGCUGGAAGAGCGUAAACGGCAGAAGGAACUGAUGAAAGCAACAGAAACGCCGGAGGAGAAGCGCCUACGUCGCCUGAAGAAGAAGGAAGCCAAGGAACGUAGGCGCAAGGAGAGAAUGGGCUGGGAUAAUGACUACUUACAUUAUACAAAUACAGAUAAUCCAUUCGGAGAUGGCAAUAUUCUGUCUACCUUUGUCUGGUCAAAAAAAUUAGGAAAGGAAGGUUUACUUGGUGUGGGUAGAGAAGAAUUGGAGAUUCGUAAUAGACACAAACAAGAAGAAAAUAAAAGAGAGCUGGAGAAGGUGAAGAAGAGGAGACAAGAAAGGGAAUUGGAACGAUCACAAAGGGAAGAAGAGAUGACCAUGUUGCAGAGAGGCAAGGAGGCUGCUCAGUUAGAGCAAUGGGCCCGGCAGGAAGAUCAGUUUCACCUUGAGCAAGCUAGACUGAGAUCUCGUAUCAGGAUUCAAGAUGGUCGAGCGAAACCUAUCGAUCUUCUUGCCAAAUACAUCAGUGCGGAGGAAGAGGUUGAUGCAGUGGAAAUGCAUGAGCCAUAUACAUACCUACGAGGCUUGCACGUGAAAGAUUUGGAGGAUCUAAUAGAGGACAUAAAAGUUUAUAAGGAACUGGAAAGAGGCAAGAAUUUAGAUUACUGGAAUGAUAUAACAGUGAUUGUGGAAGACGAGUUGCAUAAGCUCAGAAAAUUGGAACGGACGGAAUAUGAAGUUGCUGUUGGCAGAAGAGAAGGAAUUCAUGAGUCGGUCGCCAAAGAUGUCACGGCUAUUUUUAAGGGCAAGACUGCGGCACAAUUGGAAGCCUUACAAUUACAGAUUCAGGCGAAAAUUACAGGGAAGCCAGAAGGUGUCGAUAUUGGAUAUUGGGAAAGCCUUUUGUCUCAAUUAAAAGCCCACAUGGCGAGGGCGCGACUUAGAGAUCGGCAUCAAGAGAACUUGCGUAAAAAGUUGGAGGUUUUGAUUGCGGAGCAAGGUGUGGCCAGAGCGGAGAACGAGGCAGAAGGUUCACAGACACAGGAGAGUGAAUCCACCAUAAAGCAAGAUGAACCUUCCACAAGCACAGCUGUUGAAAAGAAUGAAGAUAGUCAAUCUGAUGAUGAUCAAGAGGAGACGAACGCCGCCGACGAUCUGUUGUCCGAAUCCUUCCGCGAAUACGAAGCGGGAGGCUACUCGCCAAUUUAUAUACCCUACUCGCAGCUUGAACCAGGUACAUUGGUUACACAGGAGGACGAAGAUAACCAACGAUUGGAAUACGCGAGGCAACAAGUUCUCAGCACUGGCAGGAAAAUUCAAAACGUGCUGACGACCGAGGAGCAAGCCAUGCACCGGGAGGCACGCAAGGGCAUGGGUUCGGACGAGGCACAGUUCAGCGUCGAGUCGUCAUUGGAGGCGCAGAUUUACUUAUGGUCCGAUAAGUAUCGGCCGCGUAAACCGCGUUACUUCAAUCGCGUGCACACCGGUUUCGAAUGGAACAAAUACAAUCAGACGCACUACGACAUGGAUAAUCCACCGCCGAAAAUCGUACAGGGCUACAAGUUCAAUAUCUUCUAUCCGGAUCUCAUCGAUAAAAAUACCACGCCGGAAUACUUCCUCAUGAAGCGCGUGGCGUUCUGCGGGGAGGAGCCGCAGAGACCGAAGACGGCGAAUCUCGCGAGGCCGAGCGUCCUGGACCCCGCGCUCGUGGAUAAACUCGACAUGUCAUUGCUCAGUAAGGAAUUGCUCUGCGACUCGAUGACGCGUAUUCAUCGGUCAUUCGUGAAUGACAAGUCGGUCGGUGGGGGCAUGACAACGACAUUGUCGUCGUCGUCGUCGUCGUCGUCGUCAUCGUCGUUGCUGUUGCCGUCGCCGCCGUCGACCACACGACGACGCCAGAGCGCCGUCGUCAGCGUCGCGACCACCACUUGGUCGUUCCACGGUGACGUUCCAGUGCGUCGUCAGCGACGGAGCUUCGAGCAGAUUUACGAGCCGCACCGGUUCGCACCGGGCCAGAUGGAGGAGGUCGACCGAUCGCGAUCGUCCGCCGAAAGUCAGAAGGCCACGUCACACGCGGCCGCCGUGACACAGGAGCACGCCGCCGCCAAACGAAAUUCCGACAUCAGGAGGCUCGACGACAACAACAAUAAAAACAGUCCCCCCAAAGUGCUAUCAACUGUGAAGAAGAAGAACUCGAGGACCGGUCUGUCGAGUGACCUGGAGAUAUUCACCGCCACGUCGGUAACGAGAAGCGCUCCGGAGCCCUGCAAGACCUGCGGACGUCCAGAUCAGCCGGAAAGAUUCCACAGUCAUCCGAAGAGCAGUCAGACCAAGAUCAAAGAUCUCCCGACGCCGACGGCGACGACGAAAUCAAAACCCGUGAUGCCAUCGGUACCAAAGUCUAUUCAAAAGCCGGUGGCGUUGAACUUCCGCAGCGACCGGAACAGAAACAAAUUGGACGAAUCGGACCCGAUCGUUCCUCAGGACUCGGACCAGCAAGGCCGAUCAUCAUCCGCGCCGAUGAAACGAGGUCCCAGGACUGUCACAUGCUAUAUAUGCGGCCGGGAAUUCGGCACUGCCAGCUUUCCCAUACACGAGCCUAAGUGCAUGGAGAAAUGGGAACGUGAGAAUAAUUCGCUGCCUCCGUCUCAAAGACGGCCCAGACCGCAGAGACCUGUGGUUGGGAUCGAGCACAAUGAUUGGAACGCAGCCGCAUGGGAGCAAAGUCAGGUAUAUCGACAUCGUCUGUUGUCGAUAAUAUUAAUCAAGUAUUAAAUAUAUCACGGGCUU